AUGGCCAGUUCAACCAGCCUAGAUCGGGCUAUAGAAAUUGUACAGAAAGCCAUUGACGAAGAUGUGAAACAGAAUUAUAGCGAAGCGUACAAGUUUUAUAUGAAUUCUCUCGACUACUUCAUGCUUGCUUUGAAGUAUGAAAAGAAUGACAAGUCUAAGUUGUUGAUUCGAACCAAGAUCAACGAAUAUCUUGCUCGGGCGGAAACUCUAAAAGAACAUCUGAAUGCGCAGGCUGAUAGAAGGGGGAAACAAGCUAUGGGGGCAAAUGGAUCGAGUUCUGGUAUUGGAGGUGGAGGAAAGAAGAAGGAUGGUGAAGAAGAUGACACCGACCCGGAAGUGAAGAAAUUAAGAGCAGGACUCGCAGGCGCAAUUAUUUCCGAAACACCGAAUGUCAAAUGGGACGAUGUGGCUGGGCUUGAAAUUGCGAAAGCGUCGUUAAAGGAAGCCGUUAUAUUACCCAUAAAGUUUCCACAUCUGUUCACUGGAAAACGUACGCCGUGGAGGGGUAUUCUUUUGUAUGGACCACCCGGAACUGGAAAGUCAUAUCUGGCCAAGGCGGUGGCGACCGAAGCCAAAAGUACCUUUUACAGCGUCAGUUCUAGUGACCUGGUCAGCAAAUGGCAAGGUGAUUCUGAACGACUGGUAAAGCAAUUAUUUGAGCUCGCAAGAGAAUCGAAACCGUCUAUCAUCUUCAUCGACGAGAUCGACUCGUUAGCUGGAACUCGUAAUGAGUCAGAAUCAGAAGGCUCGCGGCGUAUUAAGACGGAGUUCCUAGUUCAGAUGAAUGGUGUCGGGCACGACGAUACAGGUGUUCUGGUUCUCGGUGCAACUAACAUUCCAUGGCAGUUAGACAAUGCCAUCAAGCGACGAUUCGAAAAGAGAAUAUAUAUUCCUCUUCCUGGCCCAGAUGCAAGACGUCGAAUGUUCGAACUACAUGUCGGGUCCACCCCUUGCGAGCUUACCCCGAAAGACUAUCGAACCCUGGCUGACCAGACAGAUGGAUAUUCGGGGUCAGAUAUCGCUAUUGUCGUACGCGACGCUCUCAUGCAGCCUGUACGAAAGGUGAUAGCAGCUACGCAUUUCAAGCGCACGCCCGACGACGAAGGCGAAAUAGCCAAAUGGACGCCUUGUUCGCCUGGGGAUCCGGACGCAGUCGAGAAGACAUGGUCCGACAUCGAGUCAGACGAGUUAUUAGAGCCUCCUUUGAGGCUGGCGGAUUUCUUGAAGUCGUUGGCCAGUGUUAGACCUACAGUAACGGAGGCAGAUAUCAAACGACAUGACAAUUGGACCAAAGAAUCUGGGGAACUCGGGAAUGACUGA